GUUUUUCAUCCAGAAAUCAAGUUCUCAGCUUUUUUACUUAUUUAUACCCUUUUAUCCAUCUAAAUACAUACUAUUUAUUUUUUUCCCUUUGUGAUUAAAUUAAUAAAUAACUAUUUCAAGGACAUGGGGUUUCUUCUUGAUAUAUGCUUUUGAAUGUGCGCCUUAAGUAACAGCUGUGAAGGCCGUUUCUUGCCUUUUGCUUUAGUAGUCAAGGCCCUCAAAACAAAGGGAGGUGUGGCUGUCGGUGUGUGGGAGAGAGAAGCCUUAUGCUUUAGGAUAAACAAUCUAAUUUUUUGUUUUCUAACUUUCUAUCCUGUUUUCUCUUUCUUUCUCUCUCUAUAUCUGUCCUUUCUCUCUCAUAAACCGCUUACAUGCACUACUUAAACUUGCAAGGGCUUAAAGGCGAGUGUUUAGGCUUGAGAGUACCUUUUUCUUUCUUAGCUUCAGUUAAAGUUAGAGAUUAGAGAGAGGGAUUUCUGGUGUUUUCCAUGGUUAAAGCAGGUUUUAUAGCUCAAUCCUACUGUGACAGUUUCCUCUUUUCCUCCUCCUUGUUCUAGCUUCUCUCUUCUAUCCCUUGCACGAGUUUUUUUCCUUCUUUCUUUUUUUCUUUACGGUACAUGUUUGUUUUCUUCUUUAUUUUGCAGUUUUGGUCCUAUUUCUCAUCUGGGUUUUGCUUAAUUUUUUGGUUUGAGCUUAGCUUUGUUCAUGCGUAAACUACAUACUUAUUGAUAUCCAUGGUAAUUUGUAUUUGGUUUCUUGUUUUCUUGGUUGAAUCAUCUCUAAGUGUUUGAAGCUUUGUUCUUUGAUAUCCAUCUCAAAAAAAAAAAAAAAAUUGCUUUCAAGUUAUCAAAAGGCCUAAUCCAAUAUUCCCACAUCAAUAUACUGUGUUUUCUCUUAGUUCACAUAUCAUCUGAUCUCCAAUUCAUGAUUUCUGGUAUAUAUAGAUAGCUAACCGGGAUAUGAAUGGGGGGCUACAGUAUAAAGUUGCUAAUUUCGUAGAAGAUUCCAAGACUUUGAAAGAAAGAAGCAAAUAGCAUCAGCUGCAGCAAUGAAUAAGAGUAAUUUGACCUCCAUCAGCAGUUCUGAUCUCAUCGAUGCAAAGCUUGAAGAGCAUCAGCUGUGUGGAUCCAAGCAGUGCCCCGGUUGUGGACACAAGCUUGAAGGAAAGCCGGAUUGGUUAGGUCUACCAGCAGGAGUGAAAUUUGAUCCAACAGACCAAGAACUGAUAGAACACCUUGAAGCAAAGGUAGAAGCCAAAGACAUGAAGUCUCACCCUUUGAUAGAUGAGUUCAUCCCCACUAUUGAAGGAGAAGAUGGGAUUUGUUAUACCCAUCCUGAGAAACUUCCAGGAGUUACAAGAGAUGGCUUGAGCAGGCAUUUCUUCCAUAGACCUUCCAAGGCUUACACAACUGGAACAAGAAAGAGAAGAAAAAUUCAAACCGAAUGCGACUUGCAAGGUGGAGAGACAAGAUGGCAUAAAACAGGCAAGACAAGGCCAGUCAUGGUGAAUGGCAAACAAAAAGGGUGCAAGAAAAUCCUAGUCCUCUAUACAAAUUUUGGAAAAAAUCGAAAGCCUGAAAAAACUAAUUGGGUCAUGCACCAAUACCACCUUGGUCAGAAUGAAGAAGAGAAAGAAGGAGAACUUGUGGUUUCAAAGAUCUUUUAUCAAACGCAGCCAAGGCAAUGCAAUUGGACUGAUAGAAGUGCAACUACUGGUGAAGGAAGCAGUGAUCCCAACAGCAGAAGAGACAGUGGUAGUGGGAGUUGCUCUUCAAAAGAAUUAAUUCCACAUAGAGAUGAAAUAACUGGAGCUGGGGUUGCUGCUGCAUUAUCAACUUACACUGCCAUGGAUAUCCAACAAUUAAAAUCAGAUUUUGGGUUCCCCCCAUUCAGGAAAAGCUUCGAUGAGGUGGGGAUAGGAGAGGCUUCAACGGCAAGGGAAACCCCAGUACCAGGCACAUGUGAUGAGAUUCGCGAGCACCAUCAGAGGCCACAUCAUAUGGUCCAUGAUCAUCAUCAACAACAGCCGCAACACCACCAUGUCCACCAUCAGAUUGCUAACACAGCCUUCCACAUCAGCAGGCCUUCACAUCCCAUCUCCGCCAUCAUCUCUCCUCCACCCCUCCAUCACACAUCCAUCAUUCUUGAAGAAGACCCCUAUCAUGUCUCCAGAUUAAUGCUUCAAAACGAAAUCCAGUUGGUAUCUUUUGAACGAAUGAAUACAUGCAGCAGCAGCAGCAGCACCAUCACCACCAACAGCAGCAGCAGCAGCAGCAGCAUAAACUGGGAGGAAGGUCUGCAUCUGGUCUAGAAGAACUCAUUAUGAGUUGCACCUCGACUGAUAUUAAAGAAGAGUCAUCCAUUGCAAACCCACAAGAGGCUGAAUGGCUGAAGUACUCUUCCUUCUGGCCAGACCCUGACAACCAGGAUCAUCAUGGGUAGGAGCAAAAAUAAUAGAGAAUAAACAAAAACCCUACAGACAACAUCAUUAGCAUCAUCAUAAGUACUUGAAACCUCCCAAGUUCUUUUCAAGAAGAGGCCAAGAAACCAUCUAUAUGGUUUGCUCUUUUUCCUUCCUUUCUCUUGGGGGACCUGCCUAAGGUUCUAAACUUCUAAGGGCUCUUAACUGAACUAACUGUACAACAGUCCAAGUUGGAAAGAAAGAAGAAAGAAUAAAAGGAAAAAGAAAGAAAGAAAAACAAAGAAAGAGAAGAGAAACCAAGAAAGGCUGCUCUCUACUGACAAUGGAAGGAGAACCAGGGACCAAAGGAAAAUCUUCCUGCAUGAAAAUCAUAACCAUUAUGAUUACAAUAUCAUCUUUAUGGAUAUAUUUUAUUAUUUUAUUAUUUUAAGACAUCUGUAUAAGUUCUUUUAUUGUUCUUUGAAAAGAAAAAUACCCAAUGGUUUGUGCAAAUUGCAGGAGAAAACCUUUGUUAAUUUGUCGUGCUUAGUCACUUUUUAGUAAAAUACGAAUAGGAAUUUAUAUGA